CACAAAGAGAUUAUAGGGAGGUUUAUGGUCACCGGCUCUUCUACCCCGAAAAUUACCUUCCUACCCUUCAUUCUGUUCUUCUUCUUUCGAUUAAAUUAAACGCAGGGGUUUAGCGCUCUCUUUCCUUCCUCCAAUUUGCUUUCUUUUUCAUUCUCAUUCUUUUCAGUUUUCUACCAAAUCUCCAAUUGCUAUCGGCUACUUGUACAAUUUCUCUUCGUAUUCAUUUAUCCAAAUCCCAAAUCGUUAAUGCCAAUUACUCAGAUCAACAGAAUUCUAUCUCAGUGCAGAUAAACCUUGUCAGAUCUCUUCAUUGUGGUUGAUGAUCUCUUAUUGGAACGUAUGCCUAAAAUAUGGUGUCAAAAAACAGUAUAUACUAUGGAAGAUUUGAUGGUUUUCAAUCCCCCAUGGCCCCUAAAGCUCCAAGAUCCUUAAGGAGGAGUUCACAUAGGAAAUCAUCAGAGGGUAGCAAAAUCUGCGCCUUUGACUUGUUGGCAUCCAUAGCUGACAAGUUAUUACAGGAGAGUGAAAGUUCUACUUCAAGCACCAGUCCAGAACAAAAAGACCAGAUUACCCUCCCUAAAGAAUCACAACACUCCGAUAAUGAUUCUGGUUUGGAACAUGUUUCUGAUGUGAAAACUAAUGUGAAGUUGGAACCAUGUGAAGCCAAGAAUGUAGAUAAAAUGGAGGGAGAUUUAUGUAAGUUUAACUUGUUUAACAGUAUAGCUGAAAUACAGACUGAGGGAGUAAAUGUAAAGAAACAAAGUGGAGACUUUACUGCUAGUGACCCAAUGGAAUCAUGUGUAAAUACUCGUGUGCUUACUAAAUCAUAUACUAGUUUAAAUCUACCCUCCAAAAGGGUAAAUGUAAAGAUGGGUAUUAGAGAUGACACCAAAAUGAGGGCAUUUAGGGAAAAGUCACAUGCUAGAUACAGAAGAAUAAGAAAGAUGAUGGCAUAUAGAUACCAGAAAGUUACUUUAAAGAAAAACUAUCAAAUCCCUAACACUACUAGCAGUGAAACAAAACUAAACCAAAAUAGGGAAAAGAUAUACAGUAAAGACACGUGUCAAACAGAGGCUCCUUCUAAAAGGAGGAAGCUGUUUCAUGAGAAGAGUGGCAAUGGAGAUAAUCAUGUGAAAUUUAGCAUCAAAUCCUUUAAAAUCCCAGAACUGUAUAUUGAAAUACCCGAAACAGCAACUGUGGGUUCAUUAAAGAGGACUGUUAUGGAGGCUGUUUCAGCUAUCCUAGGUGGCGAACUCCACGUAGGGAUACUUCUCAAGGGCAAAAAGGUCAAAGACAACAACAGAACCCUACAACAAACGGGUAUUUCCCGGGAUUCUGAUCUUCAAAGUUUGGGAUUUACAUUGGAGCCUAAUUUGUUCCAAGCUAUUAUUCCAUCUCCAAUGGAAAAAGAAGCUCCAUUUCAAGAUAAGAAUCAAGAAAUGAUUGCCACGUCAGCAGCUAAUUCUUCUCUGGAUUACCAUGUUGAUGAGAAUCAAGAAUUUGUACCCUUACAAACGGAAUUGCUAAAAGAAGGAAUGUCUCGUGUCCAAUUAACCAAAAAAUGUGAAGCUUCACAACGUAGAAUUAGAAGACCGUUUUCUGUAUCAGAAGUAGAAGCACUUGUGGAAGCAGUUGAAACACUUGGAACCGGAAGAUGGCGUGAUAUAAAAUUGCGUGCUUUUGAUGAUUCGAAUCACCGAACUUAUGUGGACUUAAAGGAUAAGUGGAAAACACUGGUUCACACAGCAGGGAUCUCUCCUCAACAAAGAAGGGGUGAACCGGUGCCUCAGGGUCUUUUGGACCGGGUCCUGGCUGCACACUCCUACUGGUCUCAGCAUCAACGGAAGCACCAGACCAAACCGGUUCAAAUCUUGGCCGGUUCGAGUGUAGAGUCUGUUGUCAACUUGUGAUGUGAUAUAUGAAGAUUUAGGAAAGAUAUGGAGGAAUAUAGGAAAUUAAAAAAGAAAAUAGGUUUUUUUUUUUUUUUAAUAUAUUAUAUUAUUUUAGUGUGAUUGAUUUGAAAG